AUGGCUGCGCUCGGCGAGGAGCUGCUGAGCGUGGUCAACCGGCUGCAGGAUCUGGUCUUCAACACCAUCGGCAACGAUUCUCUCGAUCUGCCACAAAUCGUUGUAGUCGGAUCGCAGUCCUCUGGCAAGUCGUCUGUGCUCGAAAACAUUGUUGCCAGAGAUUUCUUGCCUCGCGGUAGCGGCAUCGUCACGCGCAGACCUCUCAUUCUCCAGCUCAUCAAUAUCCCAUCCGAGGCCGACAAGCCUAGCGAUCACGAAAUACACGUGCCUCAUACACCGGCCGCGGCCGCAGGACAAAAACAAAAUGAGUGGGGAGAGUUCAGCCAUAUGCCCGGCCGCAAGUUCUACGACUUCCAAGAGGUGAAGAGGGAGAUCGAAAAUGAGACAGCGAGAAUCGCAGGCAGUAAUAAGGGCAUCAACAGACAACCUAUCAACCUCAAAGUCUAUUCGCCAAGUGUGCUCAGUCUCACACUCGUGGAUUUGCCGGGCUUAACCAAGGUUCCCAUUGGCGACCAACCCUCAGACAUCGAGAAGCAAACGCGCAAUCUGAUUUCUGAGUAUAUCGCCAAACCAAACAGUAUCAUCUUGGCCGUGUCGCCUGCAAACGUGGAUCUUGUCAACUCUGAGGCUCUCAAGCUCGCGCGACAAGUCGACCCAACUGGCAAGCGUACCGUCGGUGUUCUGACUAAGCUCGACUUGAUGGACCAUGGCACAAACGCGUUGGAUAUCUUGUCAGGACGAGUCUACCCACUCAAGCUCGGAUUCAUUGGUGUGGUCAACAGAUCGCAGCAGGACAUUCAGGGCAACAAGUCAAUGGAAGAUGCUCUCCAGGCAGAGCGCGACUUCUUCCGCAUGCACCCAGCCUAUCGAAACAUCGCCUCGCGAUGUGGAACUCAGUUCUUGGCAAAGACUCUCAGCCAAACCCUGAUGGGACACAUCCGAGAAAGGUUGCCCGACAUCAAGGCGCGACUCAACACUUUGAUGGGCCAGACUCAGCAGGAGCUGGCAUCAUAUGGCACAGAUACCUUCACCGGAAAGGAGCACAGAGGAUCAUUAAUACUUCAGCUCAUGACCCGAUUCGCAACAUCAUUCAUCUCCUCCAUCGAUGGUACGUCUUCUGAGAUCAGCACCAAGGAGCUAUGUGGUGGUGCGCGGAUAUACUAUAUCUUCAACUCUGUUUUCGGCAACAGCUUGGACUUGAUUGAUCCCACUCAAAACCUCACCGCGCUCGACAUUCGCACCGCCAUACGAAACUCCACUGGACCGCGACCUUCGCUAUUCGUGCCCGAAUUGGCAUUCGAUCUAUUGGUGAAGCCACAAAUCAAGCUCCUUGAGAUUCCCAGUCAACGAUGUGUCGAGCUCGUGUAUGAGGAGCUUAUCAAAAUCUGCCACACAUGCUACUCGAACGAGCUUGCAAGAUAUCCACGACUCCAAGGCAAAUUGAUCGAGGUGAUAUCAGAUUUGUUGCGCGAACGUCUCGGGCCGACCUCUACAUAUGUGGAAAGUUUGAUUUCAAUACAGCGCGCAUACAUUAAUACAAAUCAUCCAAACUUCCUUGGCGCUGCAGCUGCCAUGAGUGGUGUCAUGCAAGACAAGCAUGAAAAAGAGAAGAAGGCAGCAGCCGCUGAGGAGAAGAGGAAACGAGACGAGCGAAGACGGAAGGAGCUGAACGGUGUAAACGGCACCGAGACUCCUGAAGACGAUGAAGAGGAGCACAGUCGCGUCUUGCCAUUGCGUUCGGCGGCCAAGGCAAAGGAGAGUAGAAGCAUGAGCCCCGCCGUUGGUCGAGAUGGACACAGACUUACGCACUCUACGAGUGUGCCAAAUGGUGCUCCGAGCGGCGGCAGAGAUUCGUUUCUCAACUACUUCUUUGGAAAGGAGAACGGCCCAACAACCGGACCACUGCCAGGCCAGAGUUCAGGCUUCUCAGGAGCGUCAGGGCCCAGCAGACAUGUCAGCCAGAAUAUCGAGCCGAACAUCACCGCAAGCUUCAGGAGAGGUGACACGCGACCUCUGCCGCAGCCUGAGCCUGUGAUCAGUGACGACUUCGCGCAGGAGGAGAACGCGUUGGACGAUCCUACCGGACCUGCCCUAACUGAGCGUGAAUCCCUCGAGACCGAGCUCAUUCGAAGACUGAUCAACAACUACUUCAACAUUGUCCGGGAAACGAUUGCCGACCAGGUGCCGAAGGCGGUGAUGCAUCUGCUCGUGAACCAUACCAAAGACGUAGUGCAGAAUCGUCUGGUGUCUGAGCUUUACCGCGAAACUCUGUUCGAGGAACUUCUGUAUGAGGACGAUGGCGUAAGAGAGGAACGUGAGAAGUGCGAGAAGCUCCUGGCGACUUACAAAGAGGCGAGCAAAAUUAUUGGUGAAGUUUUAUGA